CGGUGGCUUGUGCACGGCGUAGGGCGCGAUAAAUUUGCGGCCGUGCGCCAGGUCUCGGGUGCCCGAAGCGGUGCGUGGGUGCUGGAGGCGCUGGUGGAGGGCAGCCGAGGUGCCGGCACGGCCGAGUGUGCCUGGGGUUGGGCGUGUGUGGAAAAGGCGCUGGGCUGGGGGUCUGCCCUCUUACUGCCCUGUAGGGAUUAAUGGGCUAUAAGGAGCCUUUGGUGGUGGUUGCAGAGCUCCUGGCACAGGAGCACAAAGGGCUGUAAUUUGGACUUCUAGACGCUGUCAAGUGAUAUAACGGUUUUACAAACACUGCUACGGUGGCAGUGAAUCCUUUGUGUGAGUUUCUGUAGGCUCUGUAAUGUACCAGGAACACUUCCAAAUCAGAGGGGGGCUUCAGCUGAACAGACACUUUUGGGCACUGUUGCAAAACUAACAAAGAGCUAGAACUCAAAGCUUUCCCGAGGUGGCCUGUGUUGUUGUUGUGUUUUUUUUUUUUUUUUUAACAGCUGGGGAAACUGAGGCUCAAGCAGGGAGCGGUGACUUGCUUGAAGUUACAGAACAGAGUUGCAUAUGGAAUAUAGGUCUCCCCGGACCCAGCCUCACUGUUAGUAACCCACCCCACCUACUGCAGACUUUGUUAAGGGUGCUUUAGAUGCCACUGCAGACGUGAUGUUUACAGCCCCCAACCCUCCACUUACACAUCACCUCUGAAUUCAUUGCAGUGAAUUAAGUCUCCCAACACUUCUGUGAAGUGGCUAAAUAUAUCCAGCUAGCAGAGCUCAUGCCAAAAAUAAGUCACUAAAUGCAUUAAACUUCGUGCAAUAAAAUAAGGAACAGUCCCAAUAAAAUCUUGCUUUGCGCUUUCAAGAUUGCCAUAGUUCGCGCUGUUAAGUUUGCUGCACCGCCAAUGCGAAGUUUAGGGCUGCUGCCCGCAUGGAGAUCGGAGCUGUCUGUGCAGUUGAUCUGGAGGUAACGGGUGCCAUCCAGCGGCAGCAAGACAGAAGACACUUAGGGGAUCGCUCGGAUCCCUGCGACAGCACCCCUGCGUGGUCUCUAGCAUCUUAGCCUGCCUCUGUGGUGGGUUGUCAUAACAGAAUAAUGCGGUAACUUUGCCUCUGCAGAGCUUGCCUGGGAUGCGGUCACCCAGGAGAGCAAGGGCUUUGAUACUUUCCGCACUUAAUUUUGGCCAGCAGCAUGCAAAUCGAGACGCGAAGUGAGAUUGUCUCAUUUCCAGCCUCCCCUUGCUUGUCCACCUCCCUGGAGCAGGGAGAAUUUAUGUCUGUCUUGUGCAGCAGUGAGUUUGUGCAAGUCGUAAGCUUCCCCAGGCAGAUGCUUCCACCACAGGAAUGUCAACUUGGCCUCAGGAAACAUAUUGUGUAUUCUAGCAGCCAUGGAGAGAGGGCUCUAGCCUUCCUCCCUCUUGUUCCAGUGACACCAUCACAGGGUUAUAUGUGAUUUAGGGCCAGUGACGGUGUUGCCGUAGAGGUUCCCCAGGCUGCAGCAUGAAGCUGUAGACACAGAUUCACCAGAGGCUUUAGGAACUUGCUCAGCUUUCCCCGUCCCUGGCGCAGCAGGGGCUCUGCUCGCAUUCCUUGCGUUGUGCUGUGGUUUCUCCCUGCUUGUUUGGGUAACAGGAAUUGGGCCAGCACCAUGACAGUUCAAGGCAGGGGUGAAUUGAAAGGGGCAAAAUAAAAGGGAAGGGGAAAUAAAGGCUCUUCCCAGCUGAAUUCGCGUGAGUCUAACCACAUCAGUUUGCUGCCUGGGGAGAGGAAAGAGGAUAUGACACCUCAGCUGCUCUCACUUGUGUCGGGGCUUUGCACACUGCUGACUUGUUUAUGGCUUGGCAAUGUCAAGUCUCAGUCACCAGCAUGGUGCAGUGAAAAGGGCUUUUGCAGAAACCCCAAAGGCUGAGAGGCAGCUGACUCAGGCAUCAGCAACACAGCUAGAAGACAGCCAUUACCCAAGGCAAAACCACCUGUGAACACUCUGACAGUUCUGACCCUGCUUCAGCAUCUGAUCUCGAGGCAGAGGGAAGAAGGAAGGAGACAGCCCAGGGAUCAGAAGACGACCCCAGCAAUCUGGUGAUGGCAUGGAUCGGACACUUUUCCAGCAGCUGUUUUACCUACCUCUCAGUCCUGUCACCGUCCAGUAUCCCCGAAGUGCCAAGGCACAAGACUGAUGCAGAGCCGCUCUUAGCAACCCAGCCAUGGCUGGAGAUUCUAGGAUCUUCAUGAACCAGGACAUGGACAUCGGAGUUACAUCCAGAGAGCCUAAGAAGAUUCCCAAACAGGCUCGGGAUGAUGUCCCUAUUGCCACUGACCGAACCCGCCUCAUAUCAGCAGAAGGUAAGAAGCCACGUCAGCGUUACAUGGAGAAAAGUGGCAAGUGCAAUGUGCACCAUGGAAAUGUCCAAGAAACCUAUCGAUACCUUAGUGACCUCUUCACUACGCUGGUGGACCUCAAGUGGCGUUUUAAUCUUCUUGUCUUCACUAUGGUCUAUACCAUCACUUGGUUGUUUUUUGGGUUCAUAUGGUGGCUCAUUGCCUAUAUCCGGGGAGACCUGGACCAUCUUGAAGAUGAGAACUGGAUCCCCUGUGUUGAAAAUCUCAGUGGAUUUGUUUCUGCAUUUCUGUUUUCUAUUGAGACUGAGACAACAAUUGGAUAUGGCUAUAGGGUCAUAACGGAGAAGUGCCCAGAGGGCAUCGUACUGCUCCUGAUCCAGGCUAUUCUGGGCUCCAUUGUCAAUGCGUUCAUGGUGGGAUGCAUGUUUGUCAAGAUCAGCCAACCAAAGAAGAGGGCUGAAACCCUCAUGUUUUCUAACAAUGCAGUGAUUUCCAUGAGGGAUGAGAAGCUCUGUCUCAUGUUCCGUGUUGGAGACCUCCGCAAUUCCCACAUUGUCGAGGCUUCCAUUAGAGCCAAACUGAUUAAGUCCAAACAGACCAAAGAAGGAGAGUUUAUUCCCUUGAACCAAACAGACAUCAACGUGGGAUUUGACACUGGAGAUGACAGAUUGUUCCUGGUGUCACCUCUUAUCAUCUCACAUGAAAUCAACGAGAAAAGCCCCUUCUGGGAGAUGUCACGCACCCAAUUGGAGAAGGAGGAGUUCGAAAUUGUGGUCAUCCUGGAAGGAAUGGUGGAAGCAACAGGGAUGACUUGCCAGGCUCGCAGCUCCUACAUGGACACCGAGGUGCUGUGGGGGCAUCGCUUCACUCCUGUCCUCACCCUGGAGAAGGCUUUUUACGAAGUUGACUAUAACAGCUUCCAUAGCACUUAUGAGACCAACACUCCCGUGUGCUGUGCCAAAGAGCUGGCCGAGUCCCGCCGGGAAGGCCAGCUCCUCAGCCACCUCUCCAGUGCCACCCUCCUGAGCGGAGGCAGAGAAGCAGAGACAGCAAAAGGGGAAGAAGAAGAGGAGGAAGGCAGGGAGCCAGCAGGAUUGAAUGGAGCCAACGGGACAGCGGGAGAGGUGAAAGAAGAUAUGCCUGUAUAACACCUGAACUGCUGGACAGUAGAUACCCACCUACACUUACUGGGAAACUGGGGCCUGGCAAGUCAGGAAUUGACUGGGAGUCAGAGAGCUGAGAUUUAUGUCCAGACCUCUGCUGCCUGCUGCUUGAUCCUGGCGAGUCACUGCACAGCACUGUGCCUCAGUUUCCCUCUCCUUUUAUCUGUACAGUGAGAUUCUGAGCUUUGCACUUGUUUGCAAAGCAUUUUGAUCUCUAUGGACAAGGCUCACUAAAUAUGAUCACUGUUAAAAUCGAAAUUCCUACCACUGGUUGUUUCAAAAGAUGUUCAUUGGAUGUUCAGAACUCUUCCCCCUUGAGAGGGUAUUUAAAAAGUAAAAGUCCAGAAUGUGCCAUCUCAGUAUGAAGAAUGUGGUUUCAUACCUUCACUUAAUUUGUGGGUCAAUGUAUUGUAGACAUUGUUACUGCUAAAUUAAAAGAAGAGGAAAAAAACCUCCCUG